AUGCUUCUGAUUUAUUAUUUUUUUUGUAAGUGGGCGGAGCUUCGACUUGUUUUAACUUCAGCACGUCAUGAGAAAGUGUACUGUGUUGGGUGUGAAUUGAUUUUUAAACUUUAAUUUUUCAUUUUUCAUCAACCAACUUCAAAAAAUCUGAAAAACAUGAUUUUGUGAAAAACAACAAAAUAUAUAAAGUUAUAUAUAAUUUUUUUAUUGAAAAGAUGGAUUAAAAUUUUCGAAAUUUUUAGGAAAGAUUAAGAUUUACCGUAUAUUUUUAACAAUAAGAAGAGGCGGGAAUUUAUUUCAUACGUUAAAAUAAAAUGAGAUGAUAUUAUGGAAAACAAGAUUUAAUUCUCAUUUUCUUCAAAACGACAAAUAUGCUAGGCUCUGGCUCAUUGAGCACAGCGUGUUGGAGAUUGGGAAUUACACCACCGCCACCUCCACCAAUUACAACAAUGAUUACUACACCAACUGGUGGAAAUAAUAAUAAUCGAUUGAUUAUUCCGACGAUAAAUAUUGCGAGUCCAAUGGGAAUGAAUUGUCAGAAAAUUGGGUGAGUCAUGCAAAAUGUUCAUUUUUUUUUGGUUUUUUGUUCAACAAACAGUGUCUUUUAUUUCAUCAAAUCCCAAGUCCUCAAACAUUUUAAAACUUGAUAAAAAAAUGUUUCACUUCAAAUCUCACUGUUGCAUUUUAUUUUUAAAAAAGUUUCAUCCAGAAAUUGGUUUGGAAAGAUUUGUGACGUGGCAAAAGUUUUGAGUGAGCGUAAUAUUUUUCGAUCUGAAAUUUUGCAAUUUUUUCAGCGUAAUUUUUUUUUCAGUGGAAAGUUACUUCUGAAAACUUUUCUGGACAAUUUCAUGACGAGGCAAACAUUUGAAACAUCAAAAUACUCGAAUUUCAAAGAACAACAAUUUCAAUUUUUAAUCUUCUCUUCCAGACAAAGCUGUCACUUUUGCCACGUCAUAGAUUUUCUGAAAUAUUUUGAUUUAAAGAACAACAUUAGUAACUAUUUUUUUCAAAAACGAUUGCAAAAAUUAUUUCAAAAAUCCAACUUUUUUGGUUCGAAAUAUUAUUCGUAAAAUCUAUAGAAAUCCUGAUGAAAUUUUUUGAAAAUAUUUUUUCGAAAGUUUCAAUGAAACUUUUUCAGAAAAUUUGAUUCUGAAAAAAAAAAUGAAAAAAUCUUCCGGGAACGAAAAGUGCAAAUAUUUUUUUAUUGAAAAAAUUGUUUUGUUUUUUUCAUUUUCUAUUUCCAAAUUGUUUCUAAAAAAUCAUUUUUUUUUCUAUUUUCACAUUAGGGGUUUUAAUGAUAUUUGAAAUGUCAUCUGAAAAUGUUGAGUCAUUUUUUAUUUUAAUUUUGAAAUUUGUAAAGUGCAACUCAGCUUUGAAAAAUUGUGAUAAGCUCUGAAUAUUUCGCUGAAGUUUACACGACUCAAAUUUGAGUUCAAAGUUUUUAAAAUUUCCCAAAAUGUUUUGUGAUUAAAAAUCGUGCAAAAGGCCUCAAAAAUACUUCCGCUAUCCACCUCCACAUCCCAAUUAUUAUUAUUAUUAGUAUUUUAUUGGUAAAGUGUCAGCUUUUUGGUUAAAUAUAAUAUAUAUUUGCUCACCUUACGAACAGGGAUAAAAAAGAAAAGAGCGCUAGAUUUAUCUAAACUAAAUAUUUAUUGUUUUUUGAUUUCAUAUAUAUAUAUAAUAUAAAUUGCUUUUUAGCUCAUUGAUUUUUUUCGAAUUCAACACAAAAAAUAAAUUUCUGAGAACUUUCACAUGUAAUCAUAGAUAUCAUUAUUACUUUUCCAUUUCUUUCAGCAUAAAAUAGUUUUUUGAGAAAAAAAUCUAAAUUUUUUAAAGCUUUUGUAAGCGGAUAUGAGUAUUAAGUAGGCAAAAAAGGGAAAGUUAGGCGGUUAUUUAGUUAGGAUUUUAGAUUUAGGAUUUUCGGGAGAUCCUAUUUUUGUAUGGGAAAAUCUAGAUUCUAUUCUAGAUUCUAGAAUAAGUUUUGUUUUGAAAUACAGUUUUCGAAAGAAGAGAUAAAUGCAAAUUUGCUAUAAUGCACACAUUUUAUUGUGAUUUCAAAAAAAAACCAAGUUCGCUCUACCGCGAAAUGCACACUUCUUAUGAAUUUUCAAAACUUCCUCUUUCUCACCCACUAAACUUGACUUUAGUUUAUCUAUAAUCACAAUCUCAUUUUUUCCGGCGAUUUCCCCAAGCGACAAGCUCAUUUUCUUUUCGCAUUUAUCUAUCUAUCUAUAAUUUCUAGUUAGUUUAUAUAUUUUAUUUUUCCCCUCAUAAAUGUUUUUUUCAGAAAAAAAGUCCAAAAUGAAUCGAUAGUUCAAAUUUCCUCUCUCUCUUUCAAUUUUUUCGUCGUUCUCCCCAACCAACAAAACUACUUUAAAAGAGUGUCUCUAGAGUAGUUAGGACUUAGUGUAUGUAUGGUCGACUCUCCACUUGACACACUAUCUCAACUACGACGCUAUUACAUUUCUCCCAUCUUUUAUUUUAUAUUUUAGUUUAGUUUAUUUGAAAUUAAACGAACCACUUUUUGGUGCUCAUUUAGAAAAAAAAAUGUUUUUUUACUGAAAAUAUAGAUUUGGAAAAAUGUGAAUAAAAAAAAUUAUCCGGAGUUCGACUACCUCUCGGAGCUCAAUUUUUUUCAUUUUUUUCUUCAAGUUAGCAAAGAAAAACUUGAAAAUUCUUAAGUAUCUUGAUAGAAUUCACCUAAUAAUUAGUAUUCAGUAGAAAAAGCAUUAACAUUUUCGUCGUUUUCCCAAACAUUUUUUUAUUAUUUUUUCCUUUCUCCAAUAUUAUAAUUCUCCUCUUUUCUCUUCUCUCGGUCUUCUUUUUUCCUUUGCAUUUCACAAACAUCAUAAACGUCGUUAUUUUCCCAGAUUAACAAGGAAUCCUAUCUGCGUCUCUCAUAAUUACUCACUAUCUCGUUUAGCACCUUGACCUUCGCUGACUAGUAAAUAGUCCAUCCCUAUUUAGAGAGUUAUUAAGGGAUUUCUAUCUCUCUAUCUACGCGAAAAACAUUGAAGCCUACAAUUUUUUAUAUCCUUAAGCACCUACAUUUCGUGACUAGUUUUGAGCAGCUGGAAAUAUUGAUUCCCCUAUGCGUUUUUCUUCAUAUUUUCGGUCUGGUUUGUAUGAUAUUAUUUUAAAUUGCUAAUUAACCAUGAUUUUUUGUUGCUCUUAGGGCGUCGAAAGUGCAAAAGCUGUUUUCAGCUGGAAAUUAGUAACAGCUCAGAGAUUCGCUGGCCAGCUCGCCACCAGGUGGGGAGGCUGGCUGACCUGGGAACCACAUGGAAACCAUGUCGCCCGGUUUUUUUUGCUGGCAAGGUGGCCAGGCUCUGGCUAGGUCACGGCCACUUGGCUACCAUGUGGUGGCCACCUCGCCGCGUCAAAAUGAAUUUUCAUGAAAAUGUCUGAAAAACUGGUGAAUUGAGGCAUUUUCGAAAAAUUUGGCUCAUUUUCUGUUUUUUCGCAGCACUUGAAACGUCAGGAAGUGAAAAAAACAGUAAAAAAUGCAGUGUUUUGAGUACAAACCACUGCCUUGCCAGCUUUCCAGAAUUUCAAACACACAGGCCACGUCGCCGGAAAACUCAAGGCGACCUGGCGGCCAUGCGGUUUCCAGGUGGCCGCAGCGAUCUGGUGGCGAGCUGGCCAGCGAAUCUCUGAGAGGUGAAAUUCGAAAAAAUAAUGAUUUUGAAAAUAAAAAAUUCAAAUUUAAUUUCGCGGUCACGCUAAACACGUUGCAAGCGGAGCAUCGUUGUUUUCUUUUUGUUUUUUUGUAAAAUUAUUUUUUUAAGGAAAAAAUACACUUUUUUCCCCAUUUCAAUUCGAUUUAUUGAAAAUUCCAUUAAUUUUUGAACAAAUUCAAACUCCCGCGCACGCUAUACCACAUGGAAACGCAUCGUUAUCCGGUGCAUCGUUAUUCUAUUUCAAUUUUUUCAUUUCGUGAUUUUCUAAAAGUUCAAAUCUUGAUUUUGAGGUUAUUUCCAAGCUCCAUUGAUUAUUUGGCUCAUUCUCAAGCCACUUUCUCUCAAUUUUGCAAACAAAAACCAACCAUUUUAAAGCCACUAAAAGGGACCAUUUGGAAGGCAAAACGAGAGAGAGAACAGCAAACGAGAAACGGGUUUAAAGUGAGGGGCUCUUUUCUUUUCCUUCUUCUUCUUCACACUAAUAACUACACAAAAUGAAGAAGAAGAAAAAGAAGAGGGAAAAGCAGCGGCAGACUUCGCUCCGGCACCCCGUUUUUUUGCCUCUUCACUCGAAUUUUUGGGGCGUUCUCUUAGUCGCUUUAAAACAUAUGUCUUUUCCACUAUUUGUGUUUUAUUAUAUACCUUCUUCUUUUUCUUCUUCUUCAUUUAUUCUUCUUCUUCUUCUUCCACUUUUAUUGAUUCUGACUUGGGGUUUAAUGUGAUAAUUUUAGUUUUCGGGGCAGGUUGUACUUUUGAGAAGAGUAUACUGUAAGGUUUUUCGGGUCCGAAAAUUCUUCAGUUCACAGUUAUUCUCAAAAUUUCUGUAAAUGUACGAGAAGUUGUGAACCAAUUUUUUAAAUCCUGAGCUUUUCUCGUAAAAAGUAGUAUUUUUGAAUUUUGAAAAGCUCAAAAAUCCAUUUAUUUUUUUCGAAAAUUCAAAUUCUCUCGGUUUUCUGCAUCAUUCUUGAAUACUAAUCCAUUAUAUAGUAAUGCUCAAAUCGAAAAUUCGAAUAAAAUAAAAUAAAAUGAAAUUUUAAGGGAUUAGGAUUAAAAUUUCAUAUUUUUUAAUUUGACUCACUCAAAUUUAAAAACUUUUACAUUAGUUCAAAUUUUUAGUUAGACGCUGAUCUUCUGUCUCAUUAUCAUCAUCAAAAAAAUAAAAAAGACCCUAAUCAAACGUUUUUUUUUCGUAGUCACUAAUUUAAACCAAUAAUGGUUUUCGCUUCUUAUCUUUCAGCUCCCUAUCAUUUUAAUCAAUUUGUUAACCACCUAAAAUAAAGAAACACGCUUUUUUGUGCCUUUUUCCCGGUUCACCAAAAAAUUACAUAUUUUUUCCAGAAUGUCCACUGAAAGUUCGACAAAAUAUAAAUAUGCGUUGGUCCGAAUUCCUGAAUCAAAUAUGGUUGAAUUUUUCUCAUUGGUAGUUUCGAAAGGAUAUUCGGAUGUUUCAUUUGUCUCGAAUUUGAGCCAUGUUAAUAUUCGAGAUGAUCCAAAUGAUGAUCAACCGACUACUUCGGGAUCAGUUGAGGAAAUGAGUGUUGUAAGUUCUCAUCGCAACUUUCGGCACUUCUACUGCUACAGCACCGAUCACCGAUUUUUCGAACUUUUCAAAGAUUUUAAUUACAAUUUUCAGCAGUUCAAAGUCAUCCUAAUCAAUUUAUUUUAAAUGUUAUCCUGUAGGGAAAUUUUGAUUUCUUGGAAAGUAAGAACUACAAAAAAUAAUCUACAAAACACUAAAAAAGUGAUUUGAUUGUAGUCUUCAGACUACAUAUUUAUUGCAAAUUUUCAGUUGCAAAAGAGUACAUUUUCAGCUAAAUACUAAUGACUCAACAUGAUGACAUUUUUGGCUUUUUGAAAACAAAAAUUUGAGAAUAACUUUUUUGGGAAAAAUCCAGAAGAAAUCAAAUUACAAAAGUUUAACAAAAAACAUCGUACAUUUUCAGCUGAAUGACGAUGACUCAACAUCCGAAAAUCAAAAAUCGACGCCACGUCGCCCGCCAUCAGUUCAAAUUGCACCAAAACUCGAACCACAACAGCAACAACCACAACAAUUCAACCUGUUAAAUCCAACAGCUCAAAUCGACGCCGAUAUUUUAACCAACGGUGUUCCAGUCGAUUUUUUCAAUAACCUUUUCGGUAAAACCGAUUAUCAAAAUGAAAUCAAAAACUCUUCAUCAUCUACAAAUCGAAGUCGAUCAAAUGGUUCGGCGCCAUAUUCGACCAAUGGAAAAUCCGAUUAUCAACUUCAAACUCGAAUGAAAGGCUGGCAAAGGGAAUAUAUUAAGGAGAUUAUCAAUAAUGGACAUUAUCCUUCGGAACAAGAAUUGAGAGAUAUUGAGCAGAAAUGUGACUUGAGUCGGAAACAGGUAAAUAUUUUCUUAUCAUUUUGAUUUGGAGAAGUUGUAUAAUUGACAGAUUUAUGAGCAGAAACGCAACAUUUUUGAUUGUUUUUUGAAGUUAAUUGAAACUACUGAAAAUGACAGCUAGAAUUUCAUAUAGGAUCCGUCUCUUCACAUUUUUUUCCUAGGUUCAAGCUAAUCAAAUCUUUCAAUAAACCAAUUUUCAGGUUCUCCGAUUCAUUGCCAAACGACUUGUCAACCCUAAUCGAAAACCUCGAAUCAAUCAUCACGACGAAAAACGAAAAGAGCAAGAAGAUCGAGACGAUGAAGAUUCCAAUCAAAACAUCGAAGAAAUGGGCGACGCCGAAAUUCUUCAACACAAUUUAUUGAAUGACGAUUUACGCGGUUUAAUUGGCCUUGACAACAUUUUACAGAAUAUCAAAACUGAGUGA